AUGCGCAUGGUGGGCCGCUGCGGGCCGAGGUGAUGCUCCUUCCGCGGUGCUGCUGGGGUCGGUGGCUGAUGGGAAGGAGGCCACGCUGUUCCUGUCAAGCACCUGCCGGGUUCGACGGGAAGGACGGCCGAGGUUCCCGAGUCCGCGAGAAGCCGCCUUGGCGGGUGCUGUUCCUCGGCACCGACCACUUUGCCCGGGAAACGCUGCGGGCGCUGCACGCCGCCAGAGACGGCAAAGAGGAAAAGUUAAUUGAGAAACUGGAGGUUGUCACAGUGCCUUCGCUAUCCCCCAAAGGACUACCUGUGAAGCAAUAUGCUAUUCAGUCUCAGCUCCCGGUGUACGAGUGGCCCGACGUGGGAUCUGGAGAAUAUGAUGUUGGGGUAGUGGCUUCCUUUGGCCGGCUUUUGAGUGAGGCUCUUAUUCUUAAAUUUCCCUACGGCAUACUGAAUGUGCACCCCAGUUGCCUCCCGAGGUGGCGUGGUCCCGCUCCGAUAAUCCACACGGUGCUUCAUGGAGACACUGUCACUGGCGUAACGAUUAUGCAAAUUAGACCCAAAAGAUUUGAUAUAGGCCCAAUUCUCCAGCAGGAAACCAUCCCUGUGCCUCCCAAGAGCACAUCAAAGGAAUUGGAAGCAGUGUUGUCAAAACUUGGUGCCAACAUGCUUAUCUCAGUUUUGAAAAAUCUGCCCGAAAGUCUGAACAAUGGAAGGCCGCAGCCAGCCGAGGGAGUGACAUAUGCCCCCAAGGUCUCUGCUGGCACCAGCUGUGUCAAGUGGGAGGAGCAAACCUCAGAGCAAGUACUCAGACUUCACCUUGCCAUUGGGGAUAUAGUCCCACUGCAGACGCUCUGGAUGGAGAACACCGUUAAACUUCUGGAUCUCGUAGAAGUUAACAAUUCCAUCCUUGCAGAUCCGAAAUUAACAGGACAAACUGUAACUCCGGGGUUCGUGGUGUACCACAGACCAUCGCAAAUGCUGCUGGUUCGCUGUAAGGAUGGCUGGAUCGGUGUUCGGUCAGUAAUGCUUAAGAAAACACUAACAGCUACUGAUUUCUACAAUGGAUAUUUGCAUGCGUGGUACCAGAAAAAUUCCCACGCUCACCCAAGCCAGUGCAGAUUUCAGACUCUCAGACUUCCAACAAAGAUGCAGCAGAAAACAAAGUUGUUGCUAUGCAACAGUGCAUUAAGUAGCUAGAAAGACAACGGACAAGGACCUAUUACACACUUGUAAUUUAUUAAAAGCUUGAUUUACAAGCAAGAAGAUGACAGCGUGGGAGAAAGAGAAGUGGUUGUCAGGAGGCGGAAGUCUUUCGCUCUCCAUUGUGUGUAGCAGUCAAGGGCGGACUUUUCUACUUGAAUCACACAAGAAGUUUAAAUAAAAUUUGUAUUUAUAAUGUUCAGCUUAAAGGAGCUUGUAUCCUUUGAAGAGUAAGACAACUAAAUGGUGUGCAUAUAUUCUAAAAGGUUGUUUUAAAUGGUGCAUCUAUGGACUUCGGGCCUAGCUCAGUAGGUAGAGUGCCUGCUUAGCCAUGGUGAAGUUCUGAGUUCGAUCCCCAGCACCUCAUAAUCCAGAUAGUGGUGCACACCUGUAGUCCCAGCACUCAGCAGAAGCAGGAACGUCAGAAGUUGAAGGGCAUCCUCAGCUGUCCGCGAGUUCUGUAGGACAUUCCAAUUUGGAUUUUUAUUAUUGCUGGAAAAAAGUUUGCUUUACCCCAGACUUGAAACUGGACUCCGGCUUGGGGUGGGGCUCAGUUGGUAGAAUACUUGCCUAGUGUGUACACAGUGCUGUAGUCCCAGUACUUGGAAGAUGAAGGCGGGAGGAUCAGUUCAAGGCAUCACUACCAAGCAUGUUUAAGGCCUGCCCAGGGCUGGAGAGAGGGCUCAGCGGUUAAGAACACUGACUGCUCUUCCAGAGGUCCUGAGUUCAAUUCCCAGCAACCACAUGGUGGCUCACAACCAUCUGGAAUGAGAUCUGAUGCCUUCUUCUGGUGUGUCUGAAGACAGCUACAGUGUACUCACAUAUAAUAAUAAAUCUUUAAAAAAC